UAACGAGCCGAGGCGGGGCAGAAAGAAGACCCAGAUUUGCAAAGUUCGUGCCAUAAAUCUGCUGUUUGCAUGGAAUUAAUACUCAACUAGGAGGGGGAGGCCAAAGGAGGUGCUGCACAUGCAACACACAUUAGUGGGUCACUCGAAGAUGAUGACGCUGCUGACCGCAACCGCAGGAACAGCAAAAGCAAAAGCAAGAACAACCAGAGUCGUUUUGUGGCAGCGGGGGAAAAUUAUAUAAAAUUAUCAUGCAGGGCAGGCAGCUAGCUGGUUGGCCACUCGACAGCGGCAGGCGGGACAAGGCUGAACAUCAGCAGAAUCAGAAGCAAGAGCUAAUGGCGACGUAUACGUAAUAUGCGCCAUGACGUAUACGUAAUGUGCACCGGGGUUUGGCCAAUUUGUCCAAGCGAGCGAGAACCACUGAGCCAACGGAAACGAAAGCACGGACACAAAAACAGAAACCCGAGCUGCAAACUAUAACUAAAACUGAAACUGUUAACGACGGCAACGAAACUUCUUGGCCAAAUGGCGAAAGUUUUCAAACAAUUGCGAAUGUGUUGAGAAGACCGGCAGCCGGUGCAAAAAUGACAAAAUGGCGAAGUUAACGUUGCCCUGUCUACUGCGGCGAUUGCAGCUGGUGGCGCUGCAAUUGCAACUGCAACUGCAGCCACAACAACAACAACAGCAGCAGCAACAGCAACCUCCACACGGUUGCCACUUGAUGACCAUGCAACUGGGCCAGGCCGUGCUCCUCUACGGCUGCCUACUGCUGCUCCACGCCUCCGUAUCCGCCUCUGUCCUGGCCUCGUCCUCGACGGACGCGGCUGUCCUUCCAGCACUGGCGAAUCUCUCCACCACAGUGGACCUGGAUGGAUCGCCGACUCAGCAACAGCAUGAGCUUCUCGAGAAACGCACGCGGAAGCGCGAUGCCGCCAAUGUGCCUGACGAUGACGAAUAUGGCAGUUAUCCGGACGAUGUCGACGACUUGGAGGCCUUGCUUAAUAAUAAGUCAGCUAAGGGGAAAUAUAUUGGAGCGCCGUGCAACGAGCUGAAGUGUGACGUCAAGCUGCUGCACGUGUCCUGCGACAAGGAGUCGCAAACCUGCAGCUGUGAACGCAAUUAUCCCGUGCAGCUCGGACUGAUAAAGGGUUGCGCCAAACCUAAAAAACUGGGCGAUCAGUGUUUCUACGAUGAAACAUGCAUCUACAACGACGAGAACUCCCUUUGUGUUCAGGUGCGGCACAACGCGAUGUGCCAAUGUGCCAGCGGAUUUCACUCCGUUAGCUAUGUGAAGCCAACGCGCCGCGUCUUCUGCACUCCAGAUCUCAGCGAACUGAGUUCGGAUCUGCCCACUUUGCUGGGCGUCUCCACGGGCAUAGCCGUACUGGCCGGUCUCAUCUGCAUGGUGCUGCAUCUGUUCAGCAAAACGAAGUACCCGAGGCAUCGAAAUUACGGAGACGCCAGCAUUCCGCCGCCUAUUCUCUAUUCCAGCGAUACAGGGAUUCCGCUCACCGUUCACUCGGCGCGUCCGUCGUCGCGUUCCAGCAUCCGGUCGACGGGAUCGAUUGGAUCCUACGGCAACCGACGUGCCUCGUCCGGCGGACUGGGCGGGGGAGCCGCCGGAGGAGGCGUGGCAGGCGGGGCCGGCGGAGGAGGCGCGGCAGGAAGCGGCUCGAAGGGCAUCCUGGUGUCGACGUCUCGAACAGGUUCUCGAAGACCAAGUCUAGCGUCGGUGCACAGCACCAGUUCCUCGGUGCGCAGCUACAGCAUGAUGCGCUUCGAGAAGGAGACGCAACAGAAGGAAAUCCGUCAGGAGAUGAAGUUGCGACUGGCCCGCUUGCAGCAGCAGCAGCAUCUUACACAGAACAAGCCACAGAUCGUCAUCGGCGAGGCGUUGAUGCAACACGGCGCCCUCAGUCGCGUCACCAUGGCCACGCCCAGUCCCCUAACGCCCAACUCACUGGACGAGCUGCUGCCGUCGCUGGAUGAAAAUCAGGAGUAUCCUCCCAGACUGGAGACGACGUUGAAGCAGUUCAUACAGCCUCAGGUUGGAGGAGCAGGUUCCUCCGGAGCUGGAGCCGCCUUGAGGGCAGCUGCUUCCCAAUCAUCCCCGGGCAGUUCGAAUGGAUAUCACGGCCCCUGCAGCUCUUCGACUGAGGCCCUCUAAAGUUAGUUCGUGCAUAAGUAGGCCCAAGUUUAAAUUAGCUCGUAAGUAAUCAAAAAUGUAUCAUCUAAGUAAUCUGCGUAGUAGGCAAGGAGUUGCGUUAUGAGCCCGUUGCUAAUUAAAUUGAAUUCAAAUUGAACGUCAAACGUGUUGUAGUCAGCUUAGAUUAUGUGUAACAUAGUAAGUAACCCAACUAGGUUAAGCCUAGAACUAAUUCUAAGUCAUAAGUGAGUUCCCAAAUUAGACAGCCUUUGUGUGUAUCAUAAUACGUAGGAGCUAGUCGAAACAUUUUGUACGUGUGUGUAUAUUGUCAUACAAUUUUUGUAGAAGUUAUACAAGCGAGAAUCCAGCUAUUGACAAAGAGCAGGCUGGGCCAAGUGGAAGGGGUUCCGAAAAUUGGUGCUGACCGAUUAGAAUCGCUGAUGAAGAAUUGAUAAGCCACUUGGCCUUUCACUUAUGUAGAUCAACAUGAAUUGAUUAGCUUAAAUUAGUCUAGUGUUUAUCGUUAGCGUGAGAUAGUACUGAUAAAAUAUACGCAAGAUGAAUUUAUACAAAAUCGGUUUAUACAACAGUAGUUUCUUGUACAUUGUACUCAUAAUGACAACUGUAUCGGAAUAUGCCAGAUUGUUCUAGCUAAAUCAAUAAUUAUGUUAAGCCAUCGCCACGAAAUAAAUCAAAAAGUGUUAAUAUAUCAAGUUAGGACAAUUUAAGUGAGCGACGAAGAGGUAUUUUGUUCUUUGUAGGAAUAGAAAUCUUUAACGCACAUUCCUAUUGCUGGAGGUGCAAAGUCAAUUUUAGUUUACGACUUACGAAUUUUUCUACAGAGGCGUUUCAAGUGAAUACAAUAAUCGAAAAUGUGUAGAUCAAAUGUACAUUACUUACUCGAUGGUAAUAUUAUUUAAUAUUUGAUACCAAGGUUGUUGACUGUAGUUGAUGUUCUCUACAUCGUUUGGUUCCAUGAUUUAUUGUAUCCUAUCUAUAGAUCCGUUCUCAAUAGUACGAAAUACAGCAGCUAUUCAAAAAUCGUUACAUAUACACCUAUACAAGCAUAUACAUAAGUGUAUGCAUAUUUGUACUUAACUAUGCUAUACAUACGAUGAGUAGACACAUAUCUGGAGUUCAGUGUUGGUUGAUGUUGGGAGUAAAUAGAAAUAAAUGCAAUUUUGUGUUUUCAACAA